AUGCCCGAGAACGAAAGCAAGAAAAAUGAUGGUAAUGACGCAUACCAAAUCACCGUGCUACAUCGCUUUGUUGGUGGGACGGUGGGUGGGAUGCUACAGGCGCUAAGCUGUCACCCGUUGGAUACCGUCAAGUCGCGCAUUCAGCGCGGCCUCUAUCCUGGCAUUUUUUCUUGCUGUCGUCACACAUGGGCAAAUGAAGGCUUUCGUGGUUUCUAUCGCGGGCUGACGCCACCAUUCAUGAUGAGCGGUGUGUACAAUUCGAUUCUGUUCAGUUUGAACCAGUUCAUGACGAAUGCGUUGACGCCUGUGGGUUUCGAUUCAAAAAGUAAACCUCCUCUUUGGCGGACGGCCUUGGCAGCGUGGUUGACGGCACCCAUUUACACACUCUGCAUCACACCGAUGGAGAAUGUAAAGGUGAGACUGCAGUUGCAGCAGAGCGUCCGGACAGAAAGGGAUUUCACUGGCCCAAUCAGCUGUAUUCGCUUCAUUUGGGUCACUGAGGGUCCGCGUAGAUUCUUUGCGGGUUACCUGCCAACUUUUCUCUCGCGCCUGGUGGGCCUCCCUUUCUAUUUUAUAGUCUACCAAGUGACAAAGCAGCAGCUGGAGAAUUUCCCCAUCGUGACAAGCCCCGCAGGGGAAAUCUUUGGGGUAAUGAUUAGUGGAUGUUUGGCGGGGUUGCUUUUUUGGACAAUUAUUUGCCCUUUUGACUACAUGAAGACACAACUGCAGUCAGGCGGCGCGAAAAGAAGGUUUCUAGAAGUGGCACUCACAACAUACAAGGCAGCUGGGGUGCGGGGGUUCUACAGGGGUCUCCCAGCAUGCCUUCUGCGUGCUAUUCCUGCCAACGCUACUGUGUGGAUGGGCGUCGAAUGGACAACGAACAUCAUGCGGAAGUAUGAAAUUUGA